GUUGUGUCCGCAGUGGAGAUGGCCGGUCCCGAGGUUGCUCUGGCCGUGGGACCCCUCUUUGUCUUGGACCCUCAGCGAGGAAAUGGCGCUCAGUCUCCUGGAGAGCCGGCCGAAGAGGAGAUGGCGAUGGAAGAAUUGAUCCCAGCCGUGUCAAAGAUAACCCACCCCCCCUUCAGAGAACAGUGGGGGUCUUCCAAGGUCCCAGGGGAUCCGAAAGACCACUUGGGGCUCUCUCUGGAAGCUUUUGUCCAGCAAGGCCCCAUCUUCUUCACUGGGGAAGAAGGCGGCUCCGGUUUUGGAGACCCGACGGAAGCCGUCACAGGCAGCGUCCGUCGUAAGCAGCCGAUGGUCUCCUUGCCCCAGCGAGCAACUGCUCUGGUAUCUACGUUGACACCGGCUCGUCAAUCAAAGGCCCACUUUUCUGCCACAGAAAGAUCAGCGCUGGCAGUCAAGGCAGAGAUUCUGCCCAGCCCCCUGGAAGACACGGUUGCCUCCACUGCUGUGAAGCUCCCCAAGGAAGCACUAAACAUGGCAGCCAAAGACGGGAAGCCAGUGCCGGGCUGGCCGUUGCUGCUGUUGCCGACGGGCGCCGCGGUGGUGGCCCUGCUGUCGCUCGUGGUCUGGCUCCUGGUCCGAAGACGGCGCCGAGGAGGCCUCCCGGGGGCAUCGCCCGUCAGCCUGGAACUGCAAUGCAAAUAAAAUUGGGAUUGGUUUCGCAUGCCUGGCCUUGUGUCUUCUGGGGAGGGCGCUGCCCGGGCACUGAGGGGGCACCCCGCAAGAGGAGGCCCAGUGCCAGGCAAGGGAGUUGCAGAGCCCCCUCGAGCAGGCCUGGCCUGGCCGUUGGGGCUUCUGGGCAGGCGGAGGGGGCAGUGCCCGUGCCAAACAGGGUGCCAGCCGCGCAGGGCCCCGAGGUGAGGAAACGGGGUUGCUGGGCAGCCAAGGCCCAGAUUCCCGCUCGGGACUACAACUCCCGGCAUUCCUUUGCCCGCCCCCAUAUACAGGAGAGCGCAAUCCCGUCGUGCCCCGCGCGA